GCCGGGUGGGCGGUCCAGUCCGAGGACAGCGGCUACCUUCUGGCUUCCCAGUCGGGUGAGGCGACCGCCACCAUGUCCCUGGCUGCCUCAGCGGGCCGGGGCCCCGGGACCAUGUGGUCCCCUACACACGUGCAGGUGACGGUGCUACAGGCGCGGGGCUUGCGGGCCAAGGGUCCCGGAGGGACGAGCGACGCGUACGCGGUGAUCCAGGUGGGCAAGGAGAAGUACGCCACGUCGGUGUCGGAGCGCAGCCUGGGCGCGCCCGUGUGGCGCGAGGAAGCCACCUUCGAGCUGCCCCCAUUGCUGUCCUCCGGGGCCGCGCCCGCCUCCGCCGCCACCCUGCAGCUCACGGUCCUGCACCGCGCGCUGCUCGGUCUCGAUAAGUUCCUGGGCCGCGCCGAAGUGGACCUGCGGGAGCUGCACCGGGACCAGGGCCGCAGGAAGAAGCAAUGGUACACCUUGAAGUCCAAACCCAGAAAGAAGGACAAAGAGCGAGGAGAGAUCGAGGUCGACAUCCAGUUCAUGAGAAACAACAUGACGGCCAGCAUGUUUGACCUCUCCAUGAAAGACAAGUCUCGCAAUCCAUUUGGAAAACUGAAGGACAAGAUCAAAGGGAAGAAUAAGGACAGCGCCUCGGAUACUGCCUCUGCCAUCGUCCCCAGCUCGACGCCCUCGGUCGACAGCGACGACGAGUCCUUCUCGAAAGACAAGAAAAAGAAAUCGAAGAUCAAGACGUUGUUUUCCAAGUCGAGUCUGCAGAAGACGCCGCUCUCCCAGUCCAUGUCCGUCCUGCCCACCUCCAAGCCAGACAAAGUCCUGCUGCGAGCCGGGGACCUCCAGUCCAGGUGGGACGAUGAUGACAAUGAGGACGAGUCCUCCUCUGCCUCCGAUGUCAUGUCCCACAAGCGAACAUCCAGUACAGACCACACACCACCGAACCAGUCCAACUUCAGCCUUCCCAGGAAAGAAGGGCUCUCCUUCCUCGGGGGCCUCCGGUCCAAGAAUGACUCUCUUUCCCGCUCUACCGUCUGUAUCAACGGGAACCAUGUGUACAUGGAGCAGCCAGAGGCCAAGAGUGAGGUCAGAGAGAACAGCCCUUCUAAUUCCCCGUCCCCGCAGGGCUUCAGGAAGAAGCAUUUGUUCUCGUCCACUGAAAACCUGGCUUCCCGGUCCCCUAAGGAACCAGGGGAAGGAGGCGGCCUGUCCUCUGACCGGAGGCUGUCCGACUCUUCCACCAAGGACUCCAUGAAGACCAUGUCUUUGCCAUCCUACCGAGCUCUGGCCAGUGGGGACAGUAGAGAGAGCGUGUCUCCAACCAACAUGGAGGCUGCCAGAGAAACAAAAGACAGCAAGAAGCAGGAGAAUAAGAAGUCCUCUUUGCUUUCUCUGGUCACGGGAAAGAAAGAUGCGGCUAAAGGUGGCGAAGGCGAACCUCUUCCCACUGUCUCAGAGAAAGAGAAGGAAAGGAAAGGCGCGCCCGAGGAAGCCCGGCUGCGGGAGGAAGACCUCGUGAGAAGACCUGAGAAGGAUGCUCUAGCCGUUGCCUCUCAAUGGGGCAGAUCCCCGAACCCCUUUGAGGACGUGCAGAUCUCAGACCCGGAAGCUGGCCUGGAGUCGAAGUCGGAUCCAAAACCACCAGUUCCUGCUUCAAGGGCUCCCCAGACCAAAGCUGUGAAGCCCAGACUGGAAGUUUCUCCAGAGGCUCAGCCCAAAGCCAGGCUCCCUUCCCCUGACUCUGCUCGCUUCACCCCUUUCCUCUCCAGCUCUACUCAGGCCCCUGUCCUUUCUGACUUGAGGUGUGACUCAGAGACACAGUGCUCUGAAAGUCCUUCUGCCUCCUCUUUCUCGUCUCCCCUAGCAGCUCCCAUCUCCACAUCCACGCCAGUGGAACACUGGCCCACAGGCAACAGCGAGGCCGAUACUGGAGAACCUUCUCUGCUCCUCAGAGCAGCCGCUAAUGUAACACCAGCUGCAAACACUGGGUCUUCUGCCUCCGGAUCACCCUGUGAACAACUUCCCACACCUCUGUGGAAGGGGACCGAAGAGUGUUCAGGGGACAAGGCCAGAGAGACAGGCCCAGGGAAGGAAGCCAGCAGUGAUGAGUCGGGAAAGACCCUCACGGGGCUGCAUGAAGAGCUUGUGAAGAGUCCUUUCCCAGAGCAGCCCUGGGCCCCCUCACCUCAGGAGGCCCAGGAGGCACCCUCCGUGCUUUCUCUCAGCCGUGGCAGAAUCCUAAGUCCCGUUGAGAGGUCUCCCACAGCAUCUGGGUCUUCUGUGGAGAAUGCUCACGAUGGUGGAAUGACUACUGCAGUCAAAGAAACGACACCCCCUCUUGGAGAGGAAGAGGCGCCCUCCUCAUUUCACCACAUAGCGCAGAAGCGUGACAUGCAGCAGAAUGCCAGCGGGGGGCAAAAGAAGGUCAAGAAACGCGUGUCUUUUUCUGAGCAGCUCUUUGUGGAAGAAGAAACAGAAGGACCCAGUAGGCCUGAGGAGGAAGAGGAAGGUCAUCCCCCGCAGCUGACACAGGAAGGACCCGUUGCUGGAAGCAUGCCCCGUGCAGGGUCUCCAGAGUCCCCCCACACAGAAAGCACAGGACAGGAACCUGUGACCACAGAAGCUCAGCCCGCCGUCUCUUCUGAAAGCGAGAGUUUCUCAGAAGGCCCCACAAGUGAAGCCAGUCCUAAAAGAGGCACCCAGCUUUUGAGGGAUGAGGAGGAGAAAGAUGACCUCAUGGGUCCUUGUCAGAGCAAAGCCAGCGAUCAUGAAGGCCUGCUCUCUAACCCCCUGAGUGACCUUCCAUCUGCCUCGGAUGUGAAAUCCCCCGUCAUGGCUGAUCUAAGCUUGUCUCUUCCGUCCAUUCCUGAAGUGGCGUCAGAUGAUGAAAGAGUCGAUGAGGCUGGAGAUGGAGGGGGAGAGGCAGCGAAGCUGGUUGACCUGGAAGCGGGAGUUUCACCCUUGAACAUGUCACCUUCCAGUCUAGAGUCGUCAGGGGAGGCUAGUGGCAGGUUCCGUGAGUCAGUGCCCAUGGAGAAUCAGUGUGACCUGAGGCCUCAAACUCCCUCAAGUGUGCAUGAAGAGCUACCAGGCCCUGCAACUGUCGAGGAAGAGAGGCCGAAGGGAAGUGGGAAGCCAAGCUCGCCUCUGUGCAUAUCCCAGGACUCUCCUGUGCCCAGCCCCUCACCCACGGAGACCUUCUCCGCCACACAUUCCUUCCCCAGUUCUCUAUCUUCCGACACUCACCACACCAGUGCAGCAGAAUCUCAAAAACAAGCAACAGCAGACAGCUCCGCUAGUAAAGUUGAGAGCUUUGGCAAGAAGAAGCCACUUCUACAAGCCCGGGUCACACCCUCAGAGAUACAUCCGGUCCCAGCUCAGCCAAGUGCGGGAGCUGGGGCGGCCAAGCACAGGCCUCACCCCGUGAAGCCGAUGAACACGACGGCCACCAAGAUUGCAAGCCCUAGUUUGGGAACCGCCACCAUCAUCAGCGAGAACAUGAUCAACGAGGCCCUCAUGAAGAAGUACCAGCCCUCGGAUCCUGCCUAUGCCUACAUACAGCUGACCCACGAGGAGCUGAUCCAGCUGGUCCUCAAGCAGAAGGAAACCAUCAGCAAGAAGGAGUUUCAGGUGCGGGAGCUGGAGGACUACAUCGACAACCUGCUAGUCAGAGUCAUGGAGGAGACCCCCAACAUCCUCCGGGUGCCGGCGCAGGCGGGCAAAAGGGCCGGCAAGAUGUGAACUGCGGAAGGAGGCGUGGCUUGCCUAGCAGCCCGCACCCAGGCUCCGAUGGCCUGCUGUGCGCAUCCUCUGUCAAGAGUUAAUUCUCCUAGUUGAAACCAGGUUGUUAUAAGGAAUCUUUUACUAUACAGUUCCCAGCGUUUUAUUUUUAAAUGCCACUGUGCCUUUGACUAUAUUGUAAAUAUCAGAUUUGAUCCGAUGUAUUUUAAACACCGGGGUUGCUGCCCUUUGAUACUGAGAUCUUCAGGUCUGGAUCCUCCAUGAAUGCGGGCUCCGGGUGAGAUGAGAAAGGGACUUUGGGACGGGUGCUGUUCCACCCCCUUUCUUGGCCUGUGAGCAGUUCCAGGGAGAGGCAGAUGCUAAAGGGCUGUUUGGGUGAAGGUUGGUUUGGGAGGCAUUGUUCUGUUGUCAAGGUGGGGUGUCACCCGGCUGCUCUUGAAUUCACAGUGUACUGAGACUAGCCUUCGAUUUCUGAUCUUCCUGCCCUCACUUCCCAAGUGCUGGGAUUACAGCCAUGUGUGAUGUCUUCUGGUUGGAGCACAGUUUACAGAAAGCCUCCGGGCAUGCUUCUUAGAUUUUGAAUAUGCCUUUUACAAUUCCUACUACCCUCUAGCCUUAAAAAGGGCUCUUCGUGGGGGGUGGGGGGGGGGGAGAGCUCAUUGGGUCAAGUGCUUGCACUGCAAGCCCAAGGAUCUGCGUUUGGAGACUUAGCAUCCAUGCAAAAGCCAGGAGUGGUGGUGUGUCCCUGGGGAAGGGCUGGGAUGCAGGAGGGCAGAGCUAGGCAGAUCUCAAAGGCUCACUGGGAACUCCAGGUUCAGUGAGGGACCGUCUUAAACAAUAACAUUACCGUAGACCUCUGCCCUUCAUGCCAACACGGGGACACACACACACACACUGCUCUUUAGAUCUAUAGGGCCAUUUCCUGGAGACAUGAAAGAACCGAAGAGUCGCUUUUCAGGCUGAAGUGAGUCUGGGGUUAAGAGCACCAGCUGUUCUUCCAGAAGACCUGGGUUCAAUCCCCAGCACCCAGAUGGUAGCUCGCAACUGUCUGGAAUGCCUGUUUAAGGGAUUCUGACACUGUCACACAGACAUACAUGUAGACAAAAUAACUAUACACAUACAUUAAAAAGGAAAACACAAAAAGAGUCUCAAGUAGGGAAACUUGGUCAGGGUCUCUCCUCUCAGGAUACCAGGGUUCCUAUUGCUGGAUUGGCCUUUCCAGGGGGACUGAGUGUUCCAGACUCUUCUUACAACAGCUCUGUGAGGUAGAGAGCGAUUUUAGGAAGGGUCCUUUGGCCGUUUCCUUCCAUUUGCCUGUCUCGCUGGCUUUCCUGGGAACAUUCCUGGAAGGGAGUAGACAGAGUCCACAGAUUCGACAGAGUCCUCGAUUCCUCAAGAUGAAGGUGUCUUGGGCUGCGGCUGGGUGAGCGCCCAGUGGUAGAGCGCCCCUCCCCCACUUCAGUGAUAACUAACAGUAGUGAAAAGCUACAAGAUGACAUUUGCUUUUUUACUGCUACUUCCUGAUCUGGGGAGUUUUGUUGCUGCUAUUUUGAGACAGGAUCUCACUGGCUUCAAAAUUUUCAUCCCUCCCCCCUCAGUUUCCCAAAUUUCCAAAUACUGGAAUUACAGGUAUGUGUCCCCAUGCCUGGUAUAUCAAUAUAUUUUUUAAAAGAUGUAUACACACACACACACAUAUAUAUGAUAUAUAUUAUAUAUAUAUACAUAUAUAUACAUACAUAUAUAAUACAUACAAACACACAUCCACACACACACAUCCACUUUUUCACUAAUGGGGAAAUUCAAUUGCUGGUCACCUCAUUCUGGAAUUAAAAUGUUUUAUGUUGUUCUUUUUUUUUUUUUUCUUCCUGGUUGUAAUAAAA